CCAGGCGACCGCGGUCCGCAACCCAACCAUGGAGCGCAGGGUGGUCAAGCCACCGGGACAGGACAUGGUAGUGGAGCGUCUCAAAAGCCGCUACGGCCUGGCGGGAAGGUGCUUCGUGGAGGAAAAUGACAUGACUGGUGUGUGGUCUGCUUUGAUGAAUCAACAGCCUGAGCCUUCGAAUUUUGAUCAGACUAAAUAUAAAAGAAGAAUUAUGACCUCCCCAGAUGGCUUAGAUACUUACAGCUCUGGAGAUAAAGUUGGUUCACCACCGAGAUAUUACUCUGAUGAAAGGAAGCAUCCUCUCUGCAGUUCCUUCAGACAUUUAAAUGUGAACUGCCUAGAUGAUGACCUGGAUUCUUUUCGUGAUUUAAAGAAAUGGGAAACAGAAAAAGAAUUAAUUGAAGAUGAUUAUAGAGACAGUGCCUCCAAAGUAACAAAGCAGUCCUUUGAGGACACGGAAAACGAUACCCUGCUGACUAGCAUGGCCUCCUCAAGACUUCAGACUGAAUGCUGCAGUGGUUCUGUUGACACGCCUCUGAAGCAUGACAUUUACCCAAGACACACAGUGUCAAAGAAGCAGGGUUUGCUUCCACAUCAAAUAAAUCAAAUAUAUGAUGAAUUAUAUCAUAUACAUAUGAAACUGCAGUAUGAAGCUACAGCACAGCAGAAAUUCGCUGAAGAACUUCAAAAACGAGAACAGUUUUUAGCCGAACGAGAACAGCUGCUUUUCAGACAUGAAACCGCCUUGAGCAAAAUUAAAGGUGUUAAAGAAGAGGUUCUGACAAGAUUUCAAAUUUUAAAGGAGCAACACAGUAAGGAAGUUGAACACUUAACGGAAGCUCUUAAAGAAAAGACUAAAGAGAACAAGAGAAUGAAGUCCUCCUUUGAUACCCUGAGAGAACUGAAUGAUAACUUAAGAAAACAGCUAAAUGAAGUAAGUGAGGAAAACAAGAAGAUGGAGAUUCAGGCCAAAAGGGUCCAAGCUCGUUUAGAUAACUUGCAGAGGAAGUAUGAAUUUAUGACAGUACAGAGACUGAAAGGAGAUUCCCAUGCUGCUCAUGAAGUGAAAAGUUCAAAACAAGAGAAGGUACCAACUUCAAAACCUCCCAAGGUAGCACUCAAUGGACAAGUGUAUGAGCUGUUAACUGUUUUCAUGGAUUGGAUAUCAGACUGCCAUCUUAGCAAAGUGGAGCCUGAGGAACCUGGUGUAGACGGAGAAAAGCCACCAGUCAAGCCUUCCCAGAGAAAUGACAUUCAAGAGAAAUGCAUAAAGCUUUUGCCUAUGAUGACAGAGCAACUCCAGUGGAUGCCGCUGGUAAACGCCAAACUGCACCAGCCUUUUGUGAGGUUCAUCUAUUGGUGUCUGAGGCAGCUGGAUGCCAGCGCACAGCAUUCAACUAUGACGUCAACUUUGAGGAGAUUGGGAGAAGACAUAUUUAAAGGAGUUACAAUGAAAGGAACUCAGGAUAAUUCUUUAGAGCAUUCUGUAGAGAACAAAGCAAAGACAGCAAUGUUCUUCAAGAGCUCCAGCUUGUCACUGAGAUUCUUAUCAACCUUAAUUGUCCUCAAGACAGUCACUCAAGCUGACUACCUAGCUCAAGCAUUUGACUCCCUUUGUUUGGACUUGAAGACAGACGAAGGAAAAUCCUUAUUUUUGGAGUACCAAGCAGUUCCAGUAAUCCUAAAACACCUGAGAAUGUCCAGUAAAGGGCUCUUAUCCAACGCCAUCGACAGCCUGCUUCAGAUGACAGUAGAGUCAAAGUCCCUGCAGCCUUUCCUAGAAGCCUGUAGCAACUCUUUGUUUUUUCGCACUUGUUCUGUGCUGCUGCGAACCCCUAAACUUGAUCUUCACAUCCUGGAAAAGCUCAGCAUUAUCCUACAGAAGCUUUCCAAAAUCAAGAGUAACAAGAAGCUUUUUGAAGUUUUUACCAUUCACCUAAUGCUUCAGGAACUACAAAGGACAACACAUCCAGAGCACGCCUUUCUCUGUAUUAAUCUCAAUUCAACUCUGUUCAAUCUGGGUUUGACAAAAUGUAACUCCCUGGUCGCCGGUACAAGCCAUUAGAAAAGUGCGUGUGUGUGUGUGUGUGUGUGUGUGUGUGUGUUUGGUAUAUGUAUGUAUAUGUGUUCUUUAUUUGUAAAAGUGGAAAAAUCACUAAAUUACUCUACAGAGUAAAAUUAUCAACAGCAUCAUUUAUCAUGAAAGAUAUCUAGAAAGAUUUUUCAGCUAUGUAAAUGAGACCCAUACAUGGUAUGGAUGUUUUAGAAUAUUUUAGUUUAAGGUAAUACUAAUGUACAAGGUGGCUUUUCCAGAAUUCAAGGCAUCAGGGUCAGAAUUCAAAGCAACAGGGUUACACUUUGUAAAAAAAAAAUAUAUAUAUUUUAGGAAAAGUCUUUCUUGAAAUUAUGUGGUUAUUUGGAAUAUAAUUUGUCCUUAUGUGGAAAUAAACUAUGUUAUCAUUUUUCCAUUAA